UUUCUGGUUGAGCAUCUGCUCUCUGGUGACAUGGACCCAUCAAAGUCCCCCUCUGAUGGGCCCCUUCUCAAAGGGAAAAGAAGGCAAGACCUCCAAGAGAUGCUGAGAGAAGUAGGACUGGACAUUGAGUACUGGUUGCCAAAGCUGCAGAAACACCUUGGUGUGAGCUGUGCCCAGGCCUUACAACAUGUAGAAGAAAGAGAACUCCAGAAACUCAAAUCCCAGGCAAAACAUUCCUGGGAGAAAAGGGCUCUGGAGAAGCUACUCAAGCUGUCACACUCACCUAGCUUUUCAGAGUUACAGGAGUCUCAGGGGAAAAUGAUAAAGAAAAAGAAGAAGAAGGAAAAGCAAAUGUGGAAGGAGCAAAGAUAUUUCAAAUCAGAAGAGAGGCAACAACAACAAGAGGCAGUGAGAGGGGAAAAGACAGACCUGAGGUGGGCAGUGGAGCUCCCCAAUAAGAAUAGGCGACCCCUCGAAAAAUCCAUACAAGAAGUCUUGGAAAACAUGGAGGGAAAACUCAAGCUCAAUGAGAGGACACUGUCUCAUAGGCAAAACCUCCCAGAUAGAAAUCUGGUGAGAUGGGCAUCUGGAGGGCUGGCCUUGCAGGGAAUUUACAAAACCAGCUCCCACAGGAGCCUUCUAGAGAAGAGAGAAGAGCUACUCAGUGUUCCCCAGGAGUUCUUACUCUUUGGCCCUGAGCACAGCACACGAAUGGGUACCUGGGGAUUUACAUCUUCUCAAGCAGAAUCCAUGUUCACCAAGAUGAUAGAGAAGCUGGGGUUUGGUGUAACUACAUCAAGCAAGGGUGGAGGUUGGGGAUUUUGCUUGGAAGCUGAUGUGGACCACGGCAAACAUUCAGAAUCCAAGGAAACCCAACAGUCACAUCCUGAGCACUCCUAUUUCUGCUCUACCAAGCUCAGCUAUGUCCCACUUGCCUCCUGCCACUUUCCCAUGGAUCAGCUCCAGUUCUCCAAGGCGGCUCUCCAGGAACUGAAAUGCAUUGAUGACCUUCUGUGUGAGCCUGCAGAUCCAGACAGACUCCCCUUGCUAAGGGGCAGGACUGAAGCUUUCUUCCACAGGUUUGGCUCUCAUGCUAACCAGGGCCCUUUGCACUUUGGAGGAAUCUACUGGUGGAAAGCCACUUCAGAGGGUUUCCAGAGUGAGCAGCUGGAACAGUCAGCAGAGAUCCUAAACAGGUUCAUAAAGGGAAGUUACAGUGGCUUUGGAGUGAAAGUUGCUGCAGGUGUGGACGGGUCUGACUCUCAUUCAGAAACUGCCACCCAAAGCACAACCUUCCAAAAUCUCCAAACCAAAGUCCAAUUAUCUGUGGCUCAGACAGGUGGCCCACCAGAAGCAAAUGGCUUUCUCCAGUGGAAAGCUGGCCUAGUUGCCAGUAAUCAAACCUGGAGUGUCAUAGACCGGGGCCUUCAGCUUGUGCCCAUUUGGGACAUCAUCCUCUCCAACCACAGAAGUGAUUUUAAGGAUCCAUUUCAGGUGGCUAGCUUACUGAAGGAUAGCUACACUGCUCUGACUGGCAUCACUGCCCAGACCCAGGAUGGAGAAGACUUACUGAGUGUUGAAAAGGAGGCUAAGGUUUUCCUAGAGGAUGUGAAAUCUUGGGAGGUAUCUGAUCCUAAAAGCCAGCUUAAAAAACUGAUAAAUUUCAUGCAAACGUUGAGGCAAAAAAUAAAAAGUUAUGACGCUUGGGUUAACAUAUGCCUCACAGACUGGGGUCUGCAGAAUUUUCUGAUAAACACUGUUAACUUUUGCAAAAAGUCUUCCAUCUGUGUAACUAAGUUUAUUAAAUCUCAGUUGUGCAGCCUUUUGGAUCCUCACAUUUAAAGA